AUGCCUCUAAUUCAAGAUUUCAAACCAAUUCCUUUAAAAGACACAGAUCUAUUUAAACCUAUCAAAUUGGGUAACCAUCAACUAAACCACAGAGUUGCAUUGGCCCCAUUGACACGUAUGAGAAAUGUCAAGAACGUGCCAACUGACCAAAUGAUUGAUUAUUAUGAUCAAAGAUCUAAUCAAGAAGGUAGUUUUGUGAUAAGUGAGGCAACAUUCAUUUCUGCUAAAGCUGGUGGUUAUGAAACAGCACCAGGUAUUUUCAACGAAGAACAAAUCUCACAAUGGAGUAAAAUCUUCAAAAAAAUUCAUGAGAAUAAAUCUGUUGUUUUCCAACAAUUGUGGCAAUUAGGUUGGCAAUCAAUCCCAAGUGCCUUAGCAGCUGAUGGUUUCAAAUAUGUUAGUGCUUCUGAUGAGCCAUAUAUGGAUGAAGCUAGUGAAAAAGCUGCCAAAGAAUGUAAUAAUCCUCAACAUGGGUUAACUAUUCCAGAAAUCAAAGAAUAUGUUAAAGAUUUUGUUCAAGCUUCUAAAAAUUCUUUGAAAGCAGGUGCAGAUGGUGUGGAAAUCCAUUCAGCAAAUGGUUAUUUAUUGAAUCAAUUUUUGGACUCAAAUUCAAAUAGAAGAACUGAUGAAUAUGGCGGAUCAAUUGAAAACAGAGCAAGAUUCACCUUGGAAGUUGUUGAUGCUAUUGUGGAUGCUAUUGGUGCUAAUAAAGUUGGUAUUAGAUUAUCACCAUAUGGUGUUUUUGGUAGUAUGAAUGGUUCAAAAGAUCCAGAAUUCUUAGCUGUUUACGCUUAUGUUAUUGCCCAAUUGGAGAAAAGAGCAUUUGACGGUAAAAGAUUGGCAUAUAUUCACUUAGUGGAACCACGAGUUACAAGUCCUCUCAAUCCAGAAGGUGUUGGUGAAGUUGAUGGUUCAAAUGAUUUCAUCUACAACAUUUGGAAAGGUGUUGUUAUCAGAGCUGGUGAUUAUGCUUUACAUCCUGAUAUUGCAGCAAAAGAUGUUGGAAAACCAAAUACCAUGAUUGCUUAUGGUCGUUUAUUCAUUGCUAAUCCUGAUUUACCUUAUAGAUUAAAAGAAGGAUUAGCUUUAAAUGCUUAUAAUCGUGAUACUUUCUAUGCUCCUACCAGAGUUGGAUACACUGAUUACCCAACUUAUGAGGAGAUUAAACAAGAGAAAUUAUAA